CCCCCCCCCUCUCUUCUCCUCGCCGCGGGGUCACCACGCAGCCAGCAGGAAGCGCCGACCAAGUAACUGACGCCUCCUCCCCCUCAGGCCAGACCCCAGAACUCCCCCUCUCCCCUCCCGGCCUCCCCAAAUCCCCGAUUAAACCCUAGAAUUCCCCUCCCAAUGCGCGCUCCCUAGGCGGCGCCCCCGAAUUCGGCACCGGUUCCGCUAAAGGUGUGCGAUCCAGAGUGGACACAAUGAGUGCGGGUUUCAACAAGCAGAUCUUGGCUCAGAAGCUUGCAAAGCUUAAUAGCUCACAGCAGAGCAUAGAGACUUUAUCACAUUGGUGUGUCUUUCAUCAUCGUUACUGCCGACUAGUUGUAGAAACAUGGGAUUGUGAGUUCCAUGCUUCUUCUAGUGAGAGGAGGUUAUCUUUGCUGUACCUCGCAAAUGAUAUUAUGCAGAAUAGCAGAAAAGAAGGUAAUGGGUAUAUAACUGAAUUCAUGAGGGUCAUCCCCGCUGCCUUGAAUGAAGUGUUGACUAUCAGAGAUGAUCUUGGACGGAAUGUCGUAAAAAGACUGAUUGACAUAUGGGAAGACCGUAAAAUAUUUGAUACUCAGGGACAAAGCCUCAAGGAUGAAUUUUUUAGGAGGUUAAAGGACAUAAGAAACAAGUUGAAAAAUCCGGCUGGUGAGCUGCUGGAGAAGGUCGUCUCAAGCUACAAGCAUGUCCUGAAUGCUCCUAUGGAUGAGGACACUCUGAUGCAAAAGUGCCAAGCUGCUCUUAUAGAUUUUGAUGAACUCAAUAAAGCGUACAGAAAUAACUCUUUUUUAGGUAGUAGCAAUCAAUCUGGCUUUGAGGAGCUGCAGCAACAACAUAGUAUUCUCAGAAACUCCAUUGAACAACUCAAAAUGUCAGAAUCACUCAGGGCCACUCUUAUUCAUCAUUUGAAGGAAGCACUGAAUGAGCAGGAGCUCAAAGUGGAACAAGUGAGAAGCCAGCUUCAGGCAGCUCAAUCCCGAUACAAGAAAGCUGGUGAGCUCUGCCGUGGACUUGGAAUUGACGUGGAAAGACAUCAGCCAUCUAACCAAGGGCUUAAGUCCAGUCUCUCUGAAACACCUGCUUCCAUUGCCCCAGAUUCAGCUAACACGAAAUCUUUUCAGAAGGGACAAUCAAGUGCAGUAUUGUAUUCACAGGAGGGAAAUGGUGCUGAGCACAACGCUAUAGCAGCUAAUGUUUUGACAAAGCUUGCUGUAGGUGCUGCUUCAGACAAGAUCCGCGAUGGUGUUUUGCCUUCACGAGCCAACGGGGGCAAUACUGCAGUGAAAAUAGAUGAACACUCUUCUGGUAACAAGAGGCAGAAGCUAGAGGAUGACAUACAUACUUCUCAGCCUCAAUCAGAGUCACCACCACCACCACCUCCGUUCCCGCAUCCAGACGCAUUUCAACCUCCACCACCACCUGAGUAUCCUCCAGACGCAUUUCAACCACCACCACCACCACCUGAGUAUCCUCCAUCACCAGAGCCUAGCCCACCACCACCGCCAACUUCAACACCACCCCAUAUAAUCCCCCCGCCUCUGCCGACCACAAUGCCACCCCAAAUAAUCUCACCUCUACCACCUACAGCUGGUACAUAUGCACCUUUUCCUGCUGGACCUCCUGGUCCAAUGUAUGGCACUUUUCCGUUUACUCCUGUGGUCAACUUUCCCAUGAACAUUCCACCUGGUUUCCCCAGUCCUCCAACCCCACCUCCAGCUUUUCAAGGAUUAGCGGGUACAUUCUAUGGCCCUCCUCCAUUCCCCACAGCAACCCCACCAACAGACAAGAAAUAAAAGUAGUACCGUACCUGCAGAUUUGUAGCGCCAGACAUCACACAAGAUUGUAACAUGGGGCUUUGCUUUGGCAAGUAUCAUAGUUUCUUUUCAUCGAAGGAUAUGACCGUGGGGAUGCAUCGCCAUGUGUUCAGUGGAGCUCAGAAGACUGUUCUAGUGUUGUGCAUUUAGUCAGCCAGCGUGCAACGGUGAACUAAUUGUUCUGGUCUUGGUCAAGAAGUAGAACCUGCAGAUUUCAACUGCCAGAGGGAAUUUGCAAUUCUGGGAGCCGAUUGCAAAUGCUCCCAACAGUUUAAUUCACUGAUUUAGUUCUUGUCUUGGUUAUGGAGUAAAAACUGUAGAUCUCGACAGCUAGAGAGAAAAUAUGGAACCCUACAGCGAGGGCAAAUGUUGUAGCAUGACAUGUUUGUAACUUAAUCAUAGCUAUGUUAUUUGCUAGAUCAUCCAAGAAUAUGUAGAUGUUCUUGUGAUGUAUGGAGCGUGUAGUUCUGUUGUUUGGUGUAAGAUAUAAUUUUAGUGGCUGCCGAUUGUUGAAAUUUUUGCUCUGUUUUAAUUCCCUUUUAGCACUCAGCUAUGCUAGUGUCAAUAUUGUUAUGCCUA